AUGAAUGUCACACCUAAGGCUCUACUAUUUCAUUUGAAUGCAGAAUGUAAUACAACAAGAGCUCGCGCAGGUAUCAUGAAAUUACCUCACUAUGAUGUGAAGACCCCAGUGUUCAUGCCUGUUGGGACACAGGGUACUAUGAAAGGCCUGUUACCAGAUCAGCUUGAGAGUUUGGACUGUGAAAUUAUUUUAGGUAACACCUAUCACUUAGGAAAUCGUCCUGGAACAGAGGUAUUAAGAAAAGCGGGUGGUCUACAUAAUUUCAUGGGAUGGAAUAGAGCACUUCUCACUGAUUCAGGAGGUUUUCAAAUGGUAUCUUUAUUAAAGCUAGCCGAAAUAACAGAAGAAGGUGUAAAAUUUAGAUCACCUUAUGAUGACUCAGAAAUUAUGCUCACACCAGAAAAGUCUAUAGAAAUACAAAAUUGUAUAGGUGCUGAUAUUAUUAUGCAACUUGAUGAUGUUGUUCAAACUACAUUCCAAGACUAUGAUCGUAUUAAGGAAGCGACUGAAAGGACAAGCAGGUGGCUAGACAGAUGUCUCAGUGCACACAAUAGGCCUUUGGAACAAAGCAUCUUUCCUAUUGUGCAAGGAUUGCUCGAUAAAGAAUUAAGAGAAAAGAGUGCGAGAGAUCAUUUAACCAAGGAUGUUAAUGGAUUUGCUAUUGGGGGACUAAGUGGAGGGGAAGCAAAAGAUGAUUUCUGGCCUAUGGUUCGUUUAGGAACAGGAAUACUUGAUAAAAAUAAACCAAGAUAUUUGAUGGGUGUGGGUCUAGCCAUAGAUCUAGUUGUUUGUGUGGCUCUAGGGAUUGAUAUGUUUGACUGUGUAUUUCCAACUCGCACUGCAAGGUUUGGUUGUGCCCUGGUACCAAAAGGUCAAUUGAAUUUGAAACAGAAGCAAUAUCAAACUGACUUAAAUCCUAUAGAUGAGAAUUGUCCCUGUUCUACUUGUAAAACCUACACAAGGGCAUAUUUACAUAGCAUUGUAACUGUGGAGACAGUUGCAUGUCAUUUAAUUUCAAUUCAUAAUAUUGCAUAUCAGAUGCAGCUUAUGAGAAGUAUGAGGGAAAACAUUGAAAACCAAACCUUCCCACAAUUUGUACAAGAAUUUGUUAACGCUUACUAUCCAGAUGCCAACUAUCCAGAUUGGGUUAUUAAUUCUUUAAGUUCAGUGGGAAUAAAUAUUGUAAAACCAUAG